UAGACACGUGGUAAAUAUUGCGACAGGAAAUACACCGUGAAGUUUCUCGAUUUUUUUUCGUCUUACAAAAGUAAAAUGCCGAAAGUAAAAGCAGAGAAGAAGUCAAGAAAACACAACGAGAGUCAACCGUAUCAACAAGGUCUUCGCUUUCAAACGGAACACGGACAGCAUAUCUUGAAGAAUCCUCUGAUYAUCACGAGUCUUGUUGAAAAGGCUGGGCUAAGAUCAACUGAUACAGUACUUGAAAUYGGACCAGGAACAGGGAAUUUAACAGUUAAAUUAUUAGAAGUUGCCAAGAAGGUCACAGCAUGUGAGGUUGAUCCUAGAAUGGUUGCUGAAUUACAGAAGAGAGUACAGGGAACACCACUUGCCAGUAAGCUUAGUGUCAUGGUUGGUGAUGUACUCAAAACAGAUCUUCCUUUUUUCGAUGUUUGUGUUGCCAAUCUUCCGUACCAAAUUUCUUCUCCAUUUGUAUUCAAACUAUUGCUACACAGGCCUUUUUUCAGAUGUGCAGUUCUAAUGUUUCAAAGAGAGUUUGCCCAAAGAUUAAUAGCAAAGCCUGGUGAUAAACUGUACUGCCGUCUGUCUCUAAAUACACAGUUGUUAUCAAGGGUUGAUCAUCUUAUGAAGGUUGGUAAAAAUAAUUUCCGUCCUCCUCCAAAAGUUGAAUCCAGUGUGGUUAGAAUAGAGCCAAAGAAUCCACCUCCUCCCAUCAACUUCAAGGAAUGGGAUGGACUUGUGCGCAUUGCAUUUGUAAGAAAGAACAAGACUUUAAGUGCAUGUUUUGGUUCAAGAGCUGUCCUCGAAAUGUUAGAAAAGAACUAUAAAAUGCACUGCUCUCUAAAUAACAUGAUGGUUGAUGCUGACUUUGAUAUAAAAGAAAAUGUACAAAAGAUUUUGACAGACAGCGGUUAUGACAAGAAAAGAGCAAGAACGAUGGAUAUUGAUGAUUUCCUYGAGUUGCUGAAUUUGUUCAAUGCCCAAGGAUUUCAUUUUGCCUAAUAACUCAAAUUGUACAACAAAUAAUUUUCAACCUAUGUAAAAUAAUUUUAUCCAAGAAUUYUGAAUAAAGAGAGUUUCAUGAAUUCA